CGGGCGACUGGUAGCACGUCACACACAAAUCUAGGGCUUAUUGUCCUCUUCCCCUCUCGGCUAUGGCGGGAGGCGACAGGGAGGACGCCUCCUCGCUCCAAUCCUCCGGUGGCGCUGGAAAUGUGAGCGUCGGCGGCGGUGACGGAGGAGGCGGCGGCGUUCGCAGCUUCGUCUUGAAAGCGGUAUGUCUGCUGGGUGGUGUUCUUCUGCUCCGCAAGCUCACCAAAGCAAAGACGCGGUGGGAUCACACUCGUCUCGUCGCCGAUGCUCUCACAGGCGAGAAAUUUUCCCAAGAGCAAGCGGCAAGGGAUCCAAUGACGUACUUCAAUCUGAGGAUGCUGGCAUGCCCCGCGACUGUUCUGGACGAUGGAGCGAAAGUUCUCUACUUCGAACAGGCAUUCUGGAGAACGCCUGAUAAGCCAUAUAGACAGAGAUUCUACGUUGUGAGGCCCUGCCCGAAAGAAAUGAAGUGCGAUGUGGAGGUUGGAUCCUACGCUGUUCGUGACAUUGAGGAAUACAAGAACUUCUGUGAGAGGCCAAAGGAUCAGCGACCACAGCCGGAAGAGAUCCCUGGAGACAUCUCCGAGCAUUUAACUUCCGUCUAUCUCUCCGCCUGUGCGCGAGGCCAACGUUGUCUCUACGAAGGAUCAACACCUCCCGGAGGCUUUCCAAACAACUGGAACGGUGCUUCCCGGUGCACAUCCGAGCUCACAAUCCUCAAAAGUGGAGAGAUCCACUGCUGGGAUCGCGCCUACGACGACGAAGGAAAUCAGGUGUGGGGUGUAAGACAGGGGCCAUACGAAUUCAAGCCCGGAACCUCCAAGAACAGAUCUUACGUUGAGCAUGACACAGCGUCCCUUUCCAUUGACAACUAGAAACUAAGAUAGUGUGCCUUUUGUAACAUAAUAGAUUUUGGAAUAAUCCUACUCGAGAUUGGGUU